AUGACUUACACUCCUUUCAAUAAUGAUGAUGCCUACCGACCUGAACUUCCUGAUCUCUGGGAACGGACCCCCUCGUAUGCCCCCACCCCUGGUUACUUGGACCGCGAAUGGACGCCAUCAGUAAUCUGCCCUUCACCCGAUGCCGAGAACAUAGUUGGUGAACGUUCAACCUCCUUGCACCAACAUCCGCCCGACCAACCGAGUUUUCAUGCAGCGGUUGAACAUGAAGAUGGAAGUGCGUGGGAUGAACACUCUCCAGACUGUAUUCACUACCAGAUCGAGUGGAGGGCUAAAUUGAACAAUCGAGUUGUGGUGAAGGAUACGGAACAAGGCCUGACUCUCCCGCCCAGUUCUUAUUGGGAACAGAUCAAGGAAGACGCUGGAAGUAUUCUACGACGAAAGAUAGCCCGCAGCCGACGAGUCAGACUAGAUGAUACCUCCCUGGUGUUAUCUGUAAAUGACCGUUCCCAACGUGAUCUUACGAAACGCUUCGAAGGCACUCGUAUUGAUUGGACAGCGGUGGAAAAGCAGCUGCUAGCGUGGGCCAUCUGUAUCGUCAGAGGAAAAUCAUCGGUUACCAAGCGGAUGCUUGCUGACCGAGACGCUCAGAUUGACGCCGAGCAGGUCUCCGGCCAACAUUCCGUCUGGCGCGAGGUGUAUCGUGUUAUGCGAUGCCCUGGGCCUCCAUGUCACCACGAAGGACAAUAUUGCUGGCAAGAUCCAGAGGGCAAAAGACACUAUAGAUUGAAGACACACCAUCUGAAGGACCUUGUUAAAUACGUGGAGCAAGGAGGAGUCCUCGAGACCCAUGAUGAUAUACCAGAUAGCCUUCGCGAGCAGCUGUAUGCUGAGGACAACCAACGACUUGAAAAGCGGAAGAAAACCACGGAUAGUUCUACAGUCGCGUCGAUGUGUCCUCCGAUCAAUAUCAAUGUCCUCCCAGCUGGAACAUCUGAACAAUUGAUGCCUACCCCUGCUAAUGACACCACGUCUGCUAAGCCAGGCUGCGCUGAAUCAAUCAUGGUUCAUGGUUUGCUUGACGUCGCUGUCGAGAAAUAUAUCGAAUGGCAACAGUCACGGGUGAGCAACGAGACUUUCAGGGAUAAUCUCACCAAAGCACGCGACGUGACUCUCGAAAAUUGUCUUGAUCUCAUGCAGAUUUAUGAAGAUCAAGACCCAGGUUUUUUUGUCAAGCAUGGCGUGAAAGUAGGUGCAGCCCGGCGGUUCGUACGCGACAUCGGCCUUUGGGUGAAACGAUGCGGAGACGUCACUUGCAAUGAAAAAUAA